GAGUUGUUUACUCCCUCCAAAAUGUCACCAGCCUCUCAUUCGGCGGGCAGUUUCCAAACCGAGUGCCUCCAGCUCCCUCUGCACCAACACGUGUGUGUGUGUGUGUGUGUGUGUGUAGGAAGGGAGGGGCGGAAAGGAGUCUCCGUCUCCCCCUCAGCGGGGCUUUGGCAGGGACCCCGCUUGCCUGCCGAUUCGCGGCGGCGGCGACCCGUUCCAGGGAAGCAGCCGUGUCAGCAACUCGGCCGGGUCCUCUCCGGAGGUCAGUUUGCAAGCGGUCGCCGCUCGCUGCUGUGCGUUGAGGAAAAACGGCUCGGCAACGUUAAAAACAAAAACAUGGAGACUUAAGUAGGAGGCUUCACUGGCGGAAGAGAGCGAUUCCAUGCUGAGGAGGCACCAGGAAAACGAGUAUAAAAAAUGGCUUUUCGCAAGGCAGUGAAAGGAUCUAUCCUUAUUGGAGGAGGCGCUGUGGCAACUGUGUUUGGUCUUUCACAACUUUCUCAGUAUAGGAAAAAACAUGGUCAUCUUGCAUCUGUUGAAGCUUCAGAAUGUAAGACCCUGCAAAUGCAAAGCCACCUUCCUACCAGAGAAAGUCAGCUCCAGGGUCUGCAGAACACCAGUGAAUUUGACGUUCUUGUAAUAGGUGGAGGCGCCACAGGAUGUGGCUGUGCCUUGGAUGCUGUUACGAGAGGCCUAAAAACAGCCCUUGUAGAAAGAGAUGAUUUCUCAUCAGGGACCAGCAGCAGAAGCACUAAAUUGAUCCAUGGCGGAGUGAGAUAUCUUCAGAAGGCCAUCAUGAGGUUGGAUUUUGAACAGUACAGAAUGGUGAAAGAAGCCCUCCAUGAACGUGCCAAUUUGCUGGAGAUUGCCCCUAAUUUAUCUGCUCCUCUCCCUAUAAUGCUUCCUGUUUACAGAUGGUGGCAGCUGCCAUACUAUUGGGUAGGAAUUAAACUCUAUGACCUCGUAGCAGGAAGCCAGUGUCUAAAAAGCAGCUAUGUGCUUAGCAAAUCAAAGGCCUUGGAACUCUUUCCUAUGUUGCGGAAGGACAAACUUGUAGGUGCCAUUGUCUACUAUGAUGGACAACACAACGAUGCACGAAUGAACCUUGCCAUUGCUCUCACUGCUGCCAGGUAUGGUGCUGCCACAGCCAAUUACACUGAAGUGGUGUGCUUGCUGAAGAAGACAGAUCCAAAGAGCGGGAAGGUCCGUGUCUGUGGAGCAAGGUGCAGGGAUGUUCUCACAGGGCAGGAAUUUGAUGUCAAAGCCAAAUGUGUUAUCAAUGCUACAGGACCUUUCACAGACUCUGUGCGGAAAAUGGAUGAGCAGGAAGUAGCAAACAUCUGUCAGCCAAGUGCAGGCGUUCAUAUUGUGAUGCCUGGGUAUUACAGCCCUGAUAAUAUGGGACUUCUUGACCCAGCGACCAGCGAUGGACGAGUUAUUUUCUUCUUGCCAUGGCAGAAGAUGACCAUUGCUGGCACCACAGAUACUGCCACUGAAGUCACACAUCACCCAAUUCCUACAGAAGAAGAUAUCAACUUCAUCUUGACAGAAGUGCGCAACUAUCUUAGCUGUGAUGUUGAAGUGAGGAGAGGUGAUGUUCUUGCAGCAUGGAGUGGUAUUCGCCCUCUUGUGACAGAUCCCAAUUCUAAAGACACCCAGUCCAUAUCUCGGAAUCAUGUAGUCCAUGUUAGUGACAGCGGCCUUGUGACUAUAGCAGGAGGGAAAUGGACAACCUAUCGCUCAAUGGCUCAGGAUGCCAUUGAUGCUGCUGUAAAUGCCCAUAACCUUCAUGCAGAUUCAUGUAAGACAGUUGGACUCUUUCUCCAGGGUGCAAAUGGCUGGAGUCCUACCCUUUAUAUUCGACUGGUUCAGGACUACGGACUUGAAAAUGAGGUGGCUCAGCAUCUUGCAGCUACGUAUGGAGACAAGGCUUUUGAAGUGGCCAAGUUAGCCCAGGUUACUGGGAAGAGGUGGCCGAUUGUUGGAAAACGGCUCGUAUCAGAGUUUCCUUACAUUGAGUCUGAGGUUGAGUAUGCAAUCCAGGAAUAUGCCUGCACUGCAGUGGAUAUCAUUGCUCGUCGCACACGCUUAGCCUUCCUGAAUGUCCAAGCUGCUGAGGAAGCCUUACCAAGAAUCAUUGAGAUCAUGGGGAAGAAGCUCAAAUGGAGCGAGCAUAAGAAAAAGGAAGAGCUUGCAGAAGCGAAGAAGUUCCUGUACUAUGAAAUGGGCUACAAGGUACGGUCAGAGCAAUUGACGGAUCAUGGUGAAAUCACUCUGACACCAAUGGAUAUUGAGAGAUAUAAAAAGAGGUUCCACAUGUUUGAUAAGGCUGGCAAAGGUUUUAUUACUAUAUUGGACGUACAGCGUGUGUUAGAGAGCAUCAACCUUCAGAUUAAUGAAUGUGCACUCCAUGAAAUUUUGAAUGAGGUGGAUUUGAACAAAAAUGGGCAGGUUGAACUCAAUGAGUUUUUGCAGCUCAUGAAUGCUAUUCAGAAAGGAUAUGUCUCUGGCAGCCGACUUGCUGUACUUAUGAAAACGGCUGAAGAGAACAUUCAUCAGCGUAAUGUGAUUUCAGUGGAUCGGAGUGGCGGUGGACUGUGAGAUUUGGGUGCUGCAGAAUGGUGGAUACCAUGAAGCUCCCUCUGUCGAUGCUGAAAAACAUUCCACUGCUUUCAGAUAUUUCUCUUCCUCUACACAAUUUGUCUGUCAUUGAGCAAUUAUUAAGAAAAAAUGCCUUGGUACAGGUCCCAUCCCCCCCCCUUUAAGUUUCCUGUGACCGUAUUGCUGCGCUCACAUGUGCCCUACUGAAAUAGGGUGUACACUUCUGUUUUCUUGUUGGGCAAAAAUUUGUAAUACAGCAAGGAAAAAGAUGUAGUGAAUUUUCAAAUGGGUGCUUAUUUUCCAGGUUAAUCCAAGCAGAUCUUCACUGCCUUGUGGCUGCAUUCUGAAGCCACAUCAGGAGAUCUAGGUGGAGACCUGGAAUGAAUGUGGGUUCAUUUGCUUUGCAAAAAUUGCUUUUUGCUGUUCGCACAAGAGCAACAGUGAUGUCUAAUCUUUAUACAGCUUCAAGCUGGCCCCCACUGUUCUUGUAGUAUCUUGCCCCUUUUCAGAAGGAGAAGAUGCCGGCAUGCCUCUAGUGUCUUAUACGCAGCCAUAUUUGUUAAAUCUCUGGAUCUCCCCCCACAUUUUUCUCAAAGAAAUACAUGGCAUGAAACAUAUUGCCUAAAACUUUGGGGUUAGCGGCAUUAUUCAUUAUUACAAGGCUCUUAUGGAAAAAACAUGCAUGUCAUAAGAAGGGAAAUGAUUUGUCACUGGGGAGUUAUAAUAAUGCUCAAAUCUAGGGUUUAUUGAUGAGCACCAUCCAAAAUACAGGUGAGUGCACUGCUAAGGAAUCACAGUGACAUUUAAUUGUGUUUGGGUGAGAGGACAUACUGGUCAUAAUUCAGUUAAAUUGAAACAUGGUUAAGUCUUAUUGAAAUCGGUAGGAUUUAGCUGCACAUUUAGGUGAUUAUGUCCUGCUCAGCAGUUAUGAUUUACAGAAGGAUUUCCAAAAAGCACACUAAGAGAAUGCAAGGCUUGAAGCACAUAAAGAAUCCAUGCUCUACCAUGGGGAAAAAGCUAACAAGAAGGCUGGAAGUUCAAUCCCUGUUUUUUUUUUCCUGAGUAACAAGUGCUAAAGUUUAGUUGUGCAUGUAAUUGUGUGUUCCUAUUCCUAUGCCAUUUCUGUAGAGGUUGUAACAAAUGCUUAUGUACUGAUUGAUUGUUUUGUACAUCUUGCGCAAGCUAAGUAAAAUGGAAAACUAUUAUAGUGUCCCACUCUGGGGGGUUGGUUAAGAAAAAAAGCGCUGAGCUAGACGUUGCUGAAUAAAUGCGAAGGUGGCUCAUCCUAUUUUGAUUCUUUUCCUCAGACAUAGACUCAUCUUUGGCACCUUUCUCUUUCCUUUUAAGCUGGAUGACAGCACUAAACUCAGAUGGAAGCUUUGUUCCUGAUGUUUGGACAAUAAAAUGAUAAUUUAAAGCAAAGGUGAAAGACUUCAGGUUACUGGUGAAUCUCUUUGCCUCUAAGGGCUUUUAUCCACAUUACAAUUUUUAAUUUAAGGGGAUGUUCUUGGAAGUCUGCUGGGGUUAAAAAAAUUCACGAUAGGGAAGUUUGGUGCUUGCAGUCUGAAAUCUUUCCCACAUGCAAACGAAGAAAAUGUGGGAACCAGAUCUUAGAAGCAUUUAGAGAUGGUAGGCUAAAAAGUGUUUAUGCAUAGGAGUAUCUGAAUUAAAAUAUAAUAAAGGCAGGACCAAGGUGCCUUUUUAAGUAUUCUGUCCAAAAGUAUUUUUCCCCUAUAUAAGUAGCUUGUAUGCAGUAUUUAGGACGUCCACCAGAAAUAGUAUAAUGGUGAUAUUUUUCUCAUAUUCCUAACUAAAAAAGGCAGUUAGAAAUGUUAGAUUGCAGUCCACAUUGAAUAUGGAAACCAAGUCUAAGUAAAAAUGAUUGAAGACCAUGUUCUAAAAAGCUUCUAGCAGAUUCCCUUGCUGACUUGGGCCUUAUACACUUCAGAUUUGACUAAAAAUAGAAGGCAAACCUUGUAAGCAUAAAGAACUGGGUUCCCAUGGUUCUGUUGACAGUUUCCUCUCAGUAUGACUAUCAUGUCUCAGUUUCCAUCUCCAUUAAUUAAUUUAUCUGAGUUGAUUUUUCUUCUCACAAGGAACAGUCUAAUAGCCAGUUUUGCUUCGUAGUCAAGAACUGAAUGAUUAUUAUGUUCAAAUGCCAAAAAAACUGGCAAUAUUUCAUAUGCACCUUCACUCUGAAUAAGUGGCAUUUUAGAUCCUACCUUAUACCUCUUUAGAGAAAAGAUUAGACUUGGGAUCCAGAGAUAUGUCUGUGCCUCACCUGUACCUUUGUCAGGAUUUAGCAAGCCAUUUCUCUUCCCCUGAGUUAUCCAGGAAGACAAGGGGAGUAAUAAGUAUAAGUCCAAGGAAGAAAUUAAUACUUCGCAUUUUUAUAUCCACUGUUUAAAACAGUUUCUCCAGUCUGGUAUAUGUUAAUACACAAUUUUCAGCAAUGUCUAGUGAUGCCUAUCUCCAGGCUAGUCAAUCCUUUCUUGUUUUGUCCCUUUGCUACCAAUUUAUUCUACCAAGAACUUGAAUUUUUGUCAUGAUUUAUAUGCAUGCUCUCCAUUUGCUGAUUUGGUCAUUCUGAACUUAAGCUGAACUUUCCUUUUCUUUCUUUUUUGUGAUGAAGUGUGUGUUGCUACUUUGUACAAGAACUGAAAGAACCUAUAUGCAUCAUUUUAUGCCUGCUUGAUUCAGCAAAAUGAGAAACUAAAAACUAUUUGAUUACAUGACAUCCCUCUUUUUACUGUUUUAGAAGAUUGUCAUUUUGAAUGUACGGUAAAUAUAAUGCACUUCCGGCAUUUUACUGUUUGCUUGUUUUAACUAUAUGGAAUACUACUGUGUUUUUUAAAGAAAGAAAAUGAAUAAAGCCCAUAGCAGGUUGUAGUUUGAUGUGCAUGCACACUCAUAUGUACAUUGAACACUUGCAUGUUUUUGCAUUUGCCACGUUUAUGUAUUGUGUUGGGUUAUUGUUCUAGACUGGACUGUUAAAUACAGUGUUUGAGCCUGGGUUGUCAUUUUUAUAUCUGUCUUGGUGUUUUAUUGCCAUUAUUUAUUACUUUUGAUAUACAGAAUGAGCUGCAUGCAUUUAUAGAGCAAUAAGAGGAUGUAUUUAAUGUGCCUUGUUUUUAACUGAAUAAGAACUGAAAGCGUGAAUCAAUAAAACUGAUUAAAAUGGUCCACUCCCUGGCAUUUUGAUGUUACCAGCAGUUACAGAAAUAAAGUUGAUUAGCCCUGGAUUAUUUCACCCCUCCUUUUUCUAUGGUAAAAAAAGUUUUAAAAACAAGAUUCAGAAAUGUAAAUUUUAAAGGAUGAUACAAAUGUCUGGCCUUAACUCUAAUCUUGUAGGGUGAAUUAGGAGAGAAAAUAUAGGGAACCUUGUCUUGCAGAUUUAACAUUGGAUGUUGUUGAAAUAUUAUUUCAUUGCCACCGUGUGUUUUAUUUUUUGUUUUGUUCACUGUAGGGGAAAUAAACAGCCAACCAGUUGUUACCAGAAUGGAUUCUUUUUCAUUUAUUUUUUAGUCAACCAAACCUCUUCAGGCGAAAUGUUCCCAGCCCACACUGAUGAAUUUUAUCAUGACUAAAAUCAAUAGGAAUAAAUGGAAAAGAUUACAUAAUCCGUUUUGAUCAUCUUACAUGUCAGGUUAGUCCAGAGUUGCCAAGUGCUGAUAAAUGUACUGACAGGAAGAAAACGCUAUCUAU